GAUUCUCGCUCUGUGAUGGGAGACCUAGGAUGGGUGGCCUAUCCUAACAAUGGGUGGGAGGAGAUCGGGGAAGUGGACGAGAACUACGCUCCGAUCCACACUUACCAAGUGUGCCGGGUCAUGGAGCAGAACCAGAACAACUGGCUCCACACCAACUGGAUCCUGACCGAGGGCGCCCAGCGCGUCUUCAUCGAGCUCAAGUUCACCCUGAGAGACUGCAACAGCCUGCCCGGCGGGGUCGGGACCUGCAAGGAGACGUUUAACAUGUAUUACUACGAGACGGACGGCGGUGAAGAGGAAAUGGAGGACGGAGAGAUGAGGGAUGGAACGGGGAUGUCGGAGGAGGAAGACAGGGCCAUGAAGGAGAGCCGAUACAUCAAAAUUGACACCAUAGCAGCCGACGAGAGCUUCACCGAGCUGGACCUCGGGGACCGCGUGAUGAAACUCAACACCGAAGUCCGCGACUUGGGCCCCUUGACUCAGAAGGGCGUCUACCUGGCUUUUCAGGAUUUGGGGGCCUGUAUUGCUUUGGUGUCGGUGCGCGUUUUCUACAAACGCUGCCCGUUUCUCGUGAAGAGUUUGGCCAAGUUCCCCGACACCAUCCCAGGCUCGGAGGCCUCGCAGCUGGUGGAGGUGGUGGGCCGCUGCGUCAAUAACUCCCUGCCUUUAUAUGAGCCUCCCAGGAUGCAUUGCAGCACGGAGGGAGAAUGGCUGGUGCCGAUCGGGAAGUGCGUGUGCCAGCCGGGAUUUGAGGAAGUCAACGGAUCGUGUCAAGUCUGCAAAGUGGGGUUUUACCGCUCGCUGCUGGACUCCUUGGCCUGCAGUAAAUGUCCACCCCACAGUGUGGCCAGGCAGACAGGGGCCACUGCUUGCACUUGUGAGGACGGAUACUAUAAGAUCGACUCCGACCCUCCCAAUAUGGCCUGCACACGCCCUGCGUCUGCUCCACGUAACGCCAUCUCCAAUGUCAACGAGACCAGCGUCUUCCUGGAGUGGUCCAUUCCCAUGGAAACCGGCGGCAGGAAGGACGUGCGCUACAACAUCCUGUGCAGACAGGUCUUGCCAGAUGGAAGAGGCUUGGAAGAAUGCGGCCCCAACGUACGUUUUUUGCCACGCCGCGUCGGCCUGUCAAACACCUCGGUCAUGGUGGCCGACCUGCAGUCACACACCAACUACAGCUUCCUGCUGGAGGCUGUCAACGGGGUGUCAGAGCUGGCCAAAGACCACGCGAAGCAAUAUGUGUCACUGAAUGUGACAACCAAUCAGGCAGCACCGUCCCCGGUGAGUGUGGUGAGAAAAGGCAUUACAGGGAAGAGCAGCAUCUCUCUUUCUUGGGCAGAGCCGGACCGCCCCAACGGCAUCAUCCUGGAGUACGAGAUCAAGUAUUUUGAAAAGGAACAGGACUCCAGCUACACCAUUAUAAAAUCCAAGGAGACCGAGAUGGUGGUGGAAGGCCUGAAGCCCUCAUCAGUCUACAUCUUUCAGGUGCGAGCCAGGACCUCAGCAGGCUACGGCGCAUUCAGUCGACGUUUUGAAUUCCAGACCAGCCCUUACUUAACUGCGACCAGUGAGCGUGCUCAAGCUUCAAUAGUCGCGGUGGCCAUCACGUUGGCUCUGGUCCUCCUGGCGGUCGUCGCUGGAUUCCUGCUCAGUGGACGGCGGUGUGGCUACAGUAAAGCCAAGCAGGAUCCCGAAGAGGAGAAGAUGCACUUCCACAACGGUCACAUAAAGUUCCCGGGGGUGCGGACCUACAUUGACCCCCUCACCUAUGAGGAUCCUAACCAGGCCGUGCAUGAAUUUGCCCAAGAGAUUGAUGUCUCGUUCAUCUCCAUUGAGAGGAUCAUCGGAGCUGGGGAGUUCGGCGAGGUGUGCAGCGGACCGCUGAGGCUGCCGGGGAAAAGAGAGAUCCAGGUUGCCAUUAAGACCUUGAAGGCGGGCUACACCGAGCAGCAGAGACGCGACUUCCUGUGGGAGGCGUCGAUCAUGGGCCAGUUCAACCAUCCAAAUAUCAUCCGUCUGGAGGGCGUGGUGACCAAGAGCAAGCCGGUGAUGAUCAUCACUGAAUACAUGGAGAAUGGAUCACUGGACACUUUCCUCAAGAAAAACGAUGGUCAGUUUACCGUCAUCCAGCUGGUCGGUAUGCUGCGUGGCAUUGCGUCUGGAAUGAGAUACCUGUCCGACAUGGGCUACGUCCACCGGGACCUCGCAGCUCGUAACAUCCUGGUCAACAGUAACCUUGUGUCUAAAGUGUCUGAUUUCGGCCUGUCCCGAGUCCUGGAAGAUGACCCGGAGGCGGCGUACACCACACGGGGCGGGAAGAUUCCUAUUCGCUGGACGGCUCCGGAGGCCAUCGCCUACAGGAAGUUCACCUCGGCCAGCGACGUGUGGAGUUACGGGAUUGUCAUGUGGGAAGUGAUGUCAUACGGAGAGAGGCCAUACUGGGAGAUGUCCAAUCAAGAUGUGAUAAAGGCAGUGGAGGAGAGCUAUAGGUUGCCGGGUCCUAUGGACUGCCCUGAGGCUCUCUACCACCUAAUGAUGGACUGUUGGCAGCGAGAGCGCAGCAGCCGCCCCAAGUUUGAUGAGAUUGUCUGUCUGCUGGACAAACUCAUUCGCAAUCCCAGCUCGUUAAAAAAACUGGUCAACUCCUCACACAGGGUUUCCAACCUGUUAGUGGAGCAUGCCAGUGUAGAAGGGAACUGCAGCCCCCUGAGCCAGACCGUGGGGGAGUGGCUCGACUCCAUCAAGAUGGGCCGUUACACUGAGCUCUUCAUGGAAGGAGGGUACUCUUCACUGGAGACAGUGACUCAGAUGACAUCAGAGGAUUUGCGAAGAGUUGGAGUGAACCUUGCUGGACAUCAAAAAAAGAUCAUCACUAGUAUUCAGGAGAUGAGAGUCCAUAUGAACAACACCAAUUCUACUGUAAAAAUCUGA